UGUUCGAUCCGUUAACGGCGGUUUGACCGACCAUCGAUCGGACGUUUGUUUGGUGUGUUUGCGGUGGUUUCCUCGAUCUAACCGACUGCGUUUGAGUUCACAACGCAGGUGAUGUUAAGCUAGUGCAUUAGUUUGUUUUAUUUCUGUUAAAGUUUUAUUAGUUUUGGGAGAAGAACGCGGUUUGCUAAUGCUAAGCUAGCGCGUUAGCUAGCUUGAUGUAGCCGUGUGAUUUCGGAGCUAAUUUUAAGCUAAUGCUUUGGCUGGAUCAGUUUAAGCCGACUAGUGUCGUCGUAGUUUUGUUUGUUCGAUGUAGCCGUGUGAUUUCGGAGCCAAUGUUGAGCUAAUUUAGCUAAAGAUGUGGAGAAAAGGCUCCUCUGAAGGAUCCGACCGCUUUGAAUAUUUACAGACUUUGGUCACCGAGUUUCAGGACACCGACAGUGAAGAGGCAAAGGAGCAGGUGCUCGCUAACCUGGCAAACUUCGCAUAUGACCCAAACAACAUGGAGUAUCUGAGGGAGCUGCAGGUGACCGACCUCUUCCUCGACAUGCUCACUGAGGAGAACGACAACUUUGUGGAGUUUGGGAUGG